AUGCGGCUGUUCAAGUCAAACAAGUCGCAGGCCUCCCUUGAAGAUCGCAGUCCUGAGCAGCCCGAGCCCGCUUACCAGGCUCAGCACCCCAACCGUGCUCUCUACAGCGAGGCCCAGUUCGAUCUCACUCCUGACCGAUACAGUCAACAGCCAGUGGACGACAACAACAACAACGAAUACCAGAUCCAGGACUCCCCUUCUCAGUCCCAAUUCCAGCCUCAUCCUGCUCAACAUCUAUCCCGCAGUCAAAGUAGUCGCGUCUCUUCCUCUGGCGCAGUGUAUGGCGCACAUCGGCCCAGCGUGAACGUUGUACCUCCGCUUUCACCGCCCGCUGCGGUGCCCGAGGACCCAGGGCCUGUCCCAGGGCAGACCACGUUUGGACAAUCGAGACACGUUCGGGGUGAACGUGAGAAAGAUCACAAAAGAUCCAAACGCAGCUUCAUCACCGGCCUCAUUAAAGACAAGACUAGAGACGAAGACAAGGAAAGAGAGAAAGAGAAAGAGAACGCUCAAGGCGAGCGUAGAAUCGGCCGAUCAAGCUCUGUACAUCUCCUGAGAAAGGUGCACCCAUCUGAACCUAUAUCACGGGAGUCAUACUCUCAGCAAACCUCACCACUGUAUCAGCCGAGACAUUCUGUCUUCUACCCAGCAACAGACAUCUCAGUCGCGACCACUCAGUCAGACCAGGCCGAACACGAUCAUUAUCAAGGAGGUCAGGGUCACUUUGACUCCCCUCAAAGCCAAACGACUCAUCAGUCUGUCGGCCACGCCGAAGACACUCCCCAUUUGAAUCCACGACAGGAACAAUAUCAAGCGUACCAUCAAUCCGACUCUGCCAGUACCUCGGAACAGUACCUGCCAUACCAAGAACCUCCGUCUCGGCCAACUAACGCCGACUCUGAUCCAUAUCAACAUCUUCGACCCUCGUCGCAGGCUUCAUUUGGACCACCUUCUCCAGUCGCGAAUCUUCCACACACGACUCACCCUCACGAGUCCCGUCCGUCGACAGCUGCAACCAACCGAUAUUCGGUUCAAUCUGCAAGUCAGGGCCAGUCUCAUCAGCAGCAACAGGGGGUCAUGGCAAGGGGCGAUCCUGCGAUCGGGCCCCUUCGUCAACAACUUUCACAACGAGACACCCGGUCCGAAGAACUGAGCCAAUAUCCAAGUCAACAAGACCCUAGGCUCAGAAUGUCACAACAAGUUUCUGAGCAGGGCCGAAAUACGCCUCCGCCAAGGAGCAGAGAAGAUCCCAGUCAGCUGGAAUAUCAUCAGCUGCUCCAACGUCACGAAGAGUUACAGGCCAAAUAUUCGAAAGUGAAACGGUAUUAUUUCGAGCGCGAAGCACAAGUAACUCAGUUGCAGAACACGGUGGCCAACCAGCGGUUGUCCAUGUCAAAGACCUCCUUAGAUGAUGCCCAAUACACGGCGAGAUUCGAGCGGCUGAGCCAGGCGAUCAAUAAUCUGUCCUUCAAUAUCCGGAAAAAUUGGCGGGCAGUGCCACCAUGGCUCCGGCAUGUCUGCAAUCAAGACGCACACACCAUUGGGACCAAGGAAAUGACCGCGGUGGGUAGAGCAUGCAUCACUCGUUGGCUGUACGAGAGCAUCUUUGAACGCACCUUUCACCCAGGCAUAGACCCGGGAUUGUCAGCACAUCUGAAGAACGUGGAACGAAAUCUGCGCCGUUCAGGCCAGAACACCUUUCUGACGGACGAGCAGCGAGAUGAUCUGAUCACCAAAUUAACAACCUGGCGUUUGACCACGAUUGAAGGGUUACAAGACGUCCUCAACUCACCGCAGGCCGAACAAUACAAAGAAAAUCUGACCAAGAUGUUCACCCAUCAACUCACCGAAUCCCUCAAAGCCAAUCUUAGCGAUCCGCCACCACUUGGUCUCACCGAGGGGGUCAAUAUGAUUGUGGGACAAGCUAUCGACAUUGCGGCGAAUAUCCCUCUUGAAUCCCGGGACAUUUGUCUGGAAUAUUUCAUGCCUGGAACUCCAGUCAAUGAUGCCUAUAUGAAGAUAGAGGCACAAUUGACUCCAGUGACCAACCCGGGAUUGGACGAACGGUUGGCCGCCAUGCAAGCCGCACAAGCCGCAGGUCCGGCGUUGCAAGAGGGUCCAGACGGCAAUGGUAUGAGCACCGCCAACACAGAAGAUGGACCACGAGACGUAGAAGCCGAGAUUCGUGAAGCUGCCGGCAAGACAGCCUCCCAAAAGGCCGCGCAAGGCAGUAAUCUGGGACCGAGUGGCCACCCGCCCCGAACUGACAGUAUAGCGAGCCAAAGCAGUCAAGUGACCAUCAAAACCCCCGAGGAAAAGCAGUCUAAGAAACCGAGCUUUCUGGGGGGAUUUGGUAAAAAGACACCGUCGACGCGCAAUGACACCCGUGGCGGAACUGGUGAGGCGGCCGGGGCAGCUGCAGCAGGACAUAAUGGCGAUGAGCAGCGUGGCAAUGCCAGGGAGGGUAUUGUAGCCGAUUCUACGCAGCUCGUGGUACCUGGUGCCAACGAAGGGCGGAUUCGCUUUGCCGCGUUCCUUGCCGUCGAGGUUCGAGGCAAAGGGCCUGGGUCGAAUGCAGGCAACAGUGGAACAUCCCAGAAGGAAACGGGGUCUGCGGCAGGAGGACUCAGCCAGCCUUUCACCAACGUGCUUUUCAAGGCGCCGGUGUACGAGUAUUGA